AAAAUGUCCUUUUCGCACCUCAAAUAAAUCAAAACUUGACCUACUGCCUUUCCUCUAUGACUGAUUGACUGUCACAAUAUCUGCAUGUGUACGUCGUCGUCGUCUUAUUUUCUCUCUCCUCCUUUUUUUACUUUUUAUUUUUACUAAUUUAAUUUACCCAUCAAAACAACGUUAAAAUCUGAUCGAUUUCUUUCUUUUCUAAUUUAAUAUUUUUUUCCUUUCUGUCAGCAUUUUUAUUUACAUUAUUAUUAUUAUUAUAUUAUUAUUACUCCCUAUAAUCCUUCCUUAUCUGCUUCACUUUUGCCUUAUAAAAGAACACCAAAAAUAUUAGUCAUGAAAUCUUUGCUCUUUGCUCCCCCUCCUCUUCUUCCUCUCAUAUCAUAACCUACCCCCGCAAUAUCAUUGCUUUGGCGGAACUUGAUUUGAUUUUAUAAAACCUCUCCGUAAAAAAAACUAAACCACCCACAUCUCUCUAAUCUCAUUUUUUUUCUUAUAGAAUGGCGGUUGAGACUGAAUUUUUCUCAGAAAAUCUGGGUUUUUCUCAAAGUAAUAUGAUACCAACAUUUCCCAAUCUCUCUAAUCCUAUUCAAAAUCACCGACGGCUACCUCAAACGCAACCGCAGCGAUACCGUUUCGAGCCCGGAAUGGGAAUGGGGUAUAACAACGUUGGUAAUAAUCAAGGAAUUGGUUCUUCUUCUACUGCAACAACUGCUGUUUCUGAGAAUUCUUUGCCUUUUUCUGCUUUGCUUGAUAAACAUAAGCGUGAAAUUGAUCUUUAUCUCCAUGCCCAGGGAGAAAGACUGAAGCAAGCAUUACACCAACAAAAAAGGCAGCAAAUGCAGUAUCUUAUAAACACCUUUGAGUCAAGAACAAUGUCAAUAAUGAAAGAAAAAGAUGAAAAACUUGAAAAAUUAAGGGGGAAAACAAAGAUGCUAGAAGAAUUCUUGAAAAAAUCAGAACAAGAAACAGAGAUGUGGCAGAGUAUUGCAAGGGAGAAACAAGAAAUGGUGAUUGAACUAAACAAUAUGCUCUUUGUAAUCCAGCAAAACCUCGCCUUUUCGACACCGCCUCGAAACGACAUUGUUAAUGGUAAUCAUGGUGUUGAAGAUGAUGCAGAGAGUGUCAAUGAAUGUGAAGCUAUUGACAAGAAUGAUAUAGCUAUUCAAGAAAAUCAUCAAGAAGUAAAUAGAAAGAUGGUUUGCAAAUGGUGUAAUAGUGGAAAAUUGUGUGUUGUAUUUCUGCCCUGUAAACAUCUUUGUUGCUGCAGAAACUGUGAGUCUGUUCUUGGGUUGUGUCCUGUUUGUUACUCUGCUAAACAGGAUAGUGUGGAAGUAUUCUUCUAAAAAAAUCCAAAAAAAAAAGAAAUAAAAAAUUUAAAUAAAUAAGUAAUUAGUGUUUUUUUUUUUAGACUUAAAAUUAGGAGUAGGUUUAAUUUAGUAGUGGUUGUAUUUUGUUUGUACAAAAAAGGACAGCCCCAAAUUUUGUUUGUCUUUGUUCUUUUUAGGGGCCAUUUUAGUUUUGGUGGAUGUGGAAAUGAAAUGAUGGUGAUGACUGAUGUAAACUUUUGUGAAACUGUUGCAUUGACGGAGAAAAAGUUUUUCUUAGUACUUGUAUUGGAAUUUUGUGUCCUCUUUUCCAUAAAUUUUGAUUUUUGGUUGGGGGGGG